CCAGCAGGUCUGGACCGACUGGGACCAGUUUCAGUCCCACUAUAAAGAACUGGGAGCUGAGAUCUGUUCUGGUUUAUCUGAGUCUGCUAACCGACUGAGGCGCAUCUGCUCUGCUAGCAUCUACAUAGAUCUACAGCAUACAGAGGAAGAAACCUGACUGAACCCUGGAACUCUGGAAGAGUUUCCUCUGCUGAAAUCUGCCUGCCGGCUCUCAGGAGCUCAUCUGAAGAAACUAACCGUCUGAACCUGCCUGCCCGCCCUCAAGAAGAGCAUCGGAAGAAAACUCUGGAUCUGAACACUGAUAAGUCUGAAGUCGAGCCCUGCCGUUGCUUAGCCUUCUGCCAAGUUCUAGCCUCUGGACCCACCUGGUUCCCUCCCUCAGCUGCUAAACCAGAACCAUGUCACAGAACGAUGUGGUCGUUUCUUGGCGUCCUUCUUCUGAGUUCCCAGGGAACGUCUAUAAGGGGGAGGGCGUUGUCAGCGGCCGUCCUGAGAAGGUGUGGGAGUGUCUGAAACCAGUUCCUAACGGGCUCCGGGUCAAGUGGGACAGCAACGUGAAGAGGUUUGAGCUGCUGGAGCAGAUUAUGGAGGAUGUUUCCGUCUGCCGGACUGUCACGCCCUCGGCCGCCAUGGGCAUCAUCGCGCCGCGUGACUUUGUGGAUGUCAUCUUAGUGAAGCAGUAUGAAGAUGGCAGCAUUUCCUCUAACGCGACCAACGUGACUCAUCCCAGCUGCCCCCCCCAGCCUGGCUACGUCAGAGGGGCCAACCACGCCUGUGGCUGCAUCUGCAUCCCCGUCUCAGGGGAUCCAGGCAGAACUCAGGUGAUGACUUUUUUCCAGACAGACCUGGGCGGCCUCCUUCCUCGCUCUGUGGUCGACUCCUUCUUCCCUUCCAGCAUGGCCGAGUUCUACAACAACCUGGCCAAGGCCGUCCGAUCUCUGAGGGACCUUUGAGGUCCACAGCCUGGUUCUGGCUCUGGUUGGCCACCCAUCAUCCCACACGGUCCAAUCAAAGAUGGAGCAUACUGACAAACUGAUGCCAAAUAUCUCACUGUUGUUGAUUCUGUACAUGUUGGUUAAUCUCUGAGCUGUUAGAUGAUCAGUUAAUGUUUAACACUGAGGUCAAUGGUCAUCAGAGAGCUACACUGACAUUCCAGCACUUUUUCAGCCCAGAUCCAGAGGUAGUCAUUUAAGAAGAAAAAGUGGAAGCCCAGCUGCUCUGAUGAACAGCGGGCCAAAAGGUAUUCAGUCAGCCACUGACUCUACAACUUCUCCUACUUAAUCAGAGAGGUCCGUAAUUUCCAUCAUAGGUACACAUCAGCUAUCAGAGACGAUGUGGAAAGAAAAAUCUAGGAAAUCAGAUAGAUUUAUUUGUAAAUUAUGGUGUAAAAUAAGUAUUUGGUCAAUAACUAAAGCUAUUGUUGUAACCUAACCAUUGUUAGCAGUGAUAGAGGUCACUGGAAGUCUUCACCAGACACACUGUACCUGGUAUUUUGGCCCAUUCCUUCAUGCAGAUCACCUCUAAGGGCAGAAAUGUUUCUGGGCUGUUGCUGGGCAACAUGGGCUUUCAACUCCCUCCACAGAUAUUCUAUGGGAUUGAGGUCUGGAGACUGGCUAGGCCACUCCAGGACCUCAAAAUGCUUUUUACGGACCCUCUCCUUCGUUGCCCGGGCGAUGUGUUUGGGAUCAUUGUCAUGCUGGAAGAUCCAGCCACAUCUCAUCUUCAAACCCUUUGUUCCCAGCUCUCUGCAGGUCAUUCAUCAGGUCACUCAUUUUUGCUCAUCGUUCUCAUGAUCAUUUGGACACCACAGGAUGAGAUCGUGCGUGGAGCCCCAGAUCCAGGGAGAUUAUCAGUGACCUUGUAUGUUGCCCAUUUUCUUACAGUUGCUCCAGCAGUUGAGUUUUUUCACACCAAGCUCCUCACCUAUUGUAGAUUCACUCCUCCCAGCCUGGUGCAGGUCUACAAUGUCCUUCCUGUAGUUGUUCGACUGCUCUUUGGUCUUGGCCAUGGUUGAGUUUGGAGCGUGACUGUGGACAGGUGUCUUUUCCACAGAUAACGGGUUCAAACAGGUGCCAUUAAUACACCAAAGGAGUGGAGGACAGAAGAGCUUAUAAAAGAAGAAGGUCUGUGAGAGCCAGAAAUCUUGCCGUUUUGUGGGUGACCAAAUGCUUAUUUUCCAGCAUAAUUUUCAAAAAGAUAAUUUCCUGGAAUAUGUUUUUUUCAUUUUGUCUCUCAUAGCUGAAGUGUUCCUGUGAUGGAAAUUACAGACCUCUUUCAUUAUUCUAAGUAGGAGAACUUGUACGAUCAGUGGCUGACUAUCCCACUGUAUGUGAUGAGUGCCUUCAUUCAGAAGGAGGUUGUCCUCAUUUCAACGCACUUUGAAUUGGUCAUUAUUAAAUAAUCCCUAAACUAGACUAGUCCCCUGUCCUUCCCCAGAGACCAUGUUAGACUGGUCCUCUAUCCUUCACCAGAGACCAUGUUAGACUGGUCCUCUGUCAUUCACCAGAGACCGCGUUAGACUGGUCCUCUGUCCUUCACCAGAGACUGUGUUAGAUUGGUCCGGUGUCCUACACCAGAGACCAUGUUAGACUGGUCCUCUGUCCUUCACCAGAGACCAUGUAAGACCGGUCCUCUGUCCUUCACCAGAGACCUUGUUAGACUGGUCCUCUGUCCUUCACCAGAGACCUUGUUAGACUGGUCCUCUGUCCUUCACCAGAGACCUUGUUAGACUGGUCCUCUGUCCUACACCAGAGACCGUGUUAGACUGGUCCUCUGUCCUUCACCAGAGACCAUGUUAGACUGGUCCUCUGUCCUACACCAGAGACCAUGUUAGACUGGUCCUCUGUCCUACACCAGAGACCAUGUUAGACUGGUCCUCUGUCUAACAUGGUCCAACACCAGAGACCGCGUUAGACUGGUCCUCUGUCCUAUACCAGAGACCACGUUAGACUGGUCCUCUGUCCUAGACCAGAGACCACGUUAGACCGGUCCUCUGUCCUAGACCAGAGACCACGUUAGACCGGGCCUCUGUCCUAGACCAGAGACCACGUAAGACCGGUCCUCUGUCCUAGACCAGAGACCACGUUAGACCGGUCCUCUGUCCUAGACCAGAGACCACGUUAGACCGGUCCUCUGUCCUAGACCAGAGACCACGUUAGACCGGGCCUCUGUCCUACACCAGAGACCAUGUUAGACUGGUCUUCUGUCCUUCACCCAGAGACCAUGAUAGACUCGUCCUCUGUCCUAGACCAGAGACCACGUUAGACCGGGCCUUUGUCCUACACCAGAGACCAUGUUAGACUGGUCCUCAGUCCUAGACCAGAGACCACGUCCGACCGGGCUUCUGUCCUACACCAGAGACCACGUCAGACCGGGCCUCUGUCCUACACCAGAGACCGUGUUAGACUGGUCCUCUGUCCUAGAGCAGAGACCACGUUAGACCGGGCCUCUGUCCUACACCAGAGACCGUGUUAGACUGAUCCUCUGUCCUACACCAGAGACCACGUUAGGCUGGUCUUCUGUCCUUCACCCAGAGACCAUGAUAGACUGGUCCUCUAUCCUAGACCAGAGACCAGGUCAGACCGGGCCUCUGUCCUACACCAGAGACCACGUCAGACCGGGCCUCUGUCCUACACCAGAGACCACGUCAGACCGGGCCUCUGUCCUACUAGGUCACAGUAAAUACAUCUGAGGAUGCAUCUAGGCUGGAGCUGCUGAACGUGGUGAAACUCUCCCUAUCUUCCUGAUGUCUGAGGACCAACUACCGUGCUGAUGCACUUUGAAACCUUUUUAUUGUCUUUUUACUGUAAACUGAUACUUAUGCAUGAAAUCCACUGUGAUGAGAAUGUUUGAUAUGUUUAAGUUAGUCUGAGCUGCUCAGAGGAAUCCCAUUAAACAGACUGAGGCAUUCUGGGAUUCUUCAACAACACAAAGAUUUUAUUUAGUUUUAAAAUGAAAUGUAGAAUAUUAUGACAACAGUGUUUAAUUCCACAUAAAUUAUUAAUUGGAUCAUUUAGAACAAUUUCUGCUUUGGCUGUUUGAAGCACUUAAUGAUGUCUUUCCAUUUCAGUAGUUCCACAGCGUGUUCUUAAUGUUUAGGUGUGCAUGUUCUGCUGUAUAUAACCAGAAAAAGGACGGUUCGACUUCUGAUUAUCCAACAUGGAUCCAAAUAUAAUCUGCAGAAUCUAUUAAUAAAUGAGUGGAAGCCAUCCAUGACUUUGUAGAAA